AACUGCUGUGAACUGUCAUAAUGUGUAUUAUGGCGUCAAUCUUUGCAAGAAGAUUGGAAAUAUUUUGGUGAAAUACAAAGUUAGGAAGCGUAUUUGUGUAGAAAAACUUUAUCAAAUUAUGGUGGACCGACCGAAUAUCCGCAGACGAAAAAUAAAAUUUCGUACUGACGGUUUCAAGAUAUAAUUUUGGUUAAUCAUUGCUAAUCCCUAGGAACAUUAUAUAAACAAAAGACAAAUUGUGGGGGAUGGAUUAAACACAGUAGCUUGAUAAUUUCUCAGGAUUAUACUCUCAGCCCUCCUAGAAAUAUGGCUCAAGUAAUUGGUCACAAAAGACGUGGUAUCAGCAGCGGAGAGAACUCGGCUUCAUCCAGUUCUGCAUGCCAGUUACCAACCCUCCCUAGCGGUACAACCCCGGGAACCCUGACUGAUGAGUUGGCUGCUCUUUUUGAGUGCCCUGUUUGUUUUGAAAUCGUCCUUCCUCCGAUAAUGCAAUGUCAAGUUGGCCACUUGGUCUGUGCUAGUUGUCGCCCGAAAUUGUCUUGCUGCCCAACUUGCCGUGGAACACUCGGUAACAUUAGAAAUUUGGCGAUGGAAAAAGUGGCCAAUAACCUCAUGUUUCCCUGCAAACACAAGUCCACGGGUUGUAGGAUGUCCUUAGGAUUGAACGAGAAAGCCGAGCACGAAGAGAUCUGCGAAUUUCGCCCUUACAGUUGUCCUUGCCCCGGCGCAUCGUGCUCUUGGCAGGGUCAGUUAGAUAAGGUGAUGGUUCACCUCCAACACUCGCAUAAGAACAUCACUACUUUAAAUGGAGAAGACAUCGUUUUUUUGGCCACCGAGAUCAACUUAGCAGGUGCCGUCGACUGGGUCAUGAUGCAAAGUUGCUUUGGGCACCAUUUCAUGCUCGUAUUAGAAAAACAAGAAAAGAACGACGGACAUACCCAAUUUUUCGCCAUCGUUCAGUUGAUCGGAUCGCGCAAACAAGCAGAACACUUCGCUUACAGAUUGGAGUUGAAUGGGAAUAGAAGACGUCUUAUCUGGGAAGCAAUGCCAAGAUCCAGCCAUGAGGGAGUGGCGUCUGCCAUAAUGGCAUCUGAUUGCUUAGCUUUUGAUAACUCUAUUGCGCAGCACUUUGCUGAUAAUGGGAAUUUGGGAAUAAAUGUUACCAUUUCUUUAGUAUGCUAAACAGUUUUUAGUUCAGUUUUAGUUCGUAUGGAACAACUAGAACUUACGUUAUAACAUACAUAUCCUAUAAUAUUAUUGUUUUAUUACUGUGUGAUAAUAAGUUAUCAUUUUGUUUUCUUUAACAAUAUUUUGAAGUUACUUUUCUUUUGUACUGAAUAGUAUAUAACGAAUGUGUACAUGCUUAAAGUACAUCGUCUUUUGCUAAGUUGUGGAGUUUAGGCAAUAUUACGCAUUAGUUUUAAAUAUUAGUUUGUUUUACCUAUGUUUAAUGGAUUUUGUUAAUGAAAUAAAUUAAAUCAAAAUCAGUAAAUUCAAUAAUUUAUUACCUCAAUGUUGACACAAGUCAAAAAUAGUUGACUAAUGGGAGAUCGUUCAAUGAAAAUGCAGCAACUAAUAUAUUGUGAUAAAAAAGUACAUUUCUCUAACAACUACUUAACUGUGACAGUUUUGCUGUUUUAAUAUGUGUAAUAGUAUUUCCGGCGCCAUUAUUAUAAAAAGUGUUAAUUGAUUAAUUUGCCCCUCAUUAGUGUCAGUUUCUCUUCAAAACAUGUAAUAUAUUUUUCACUUUCCCUCUUUUUGUUAUUUAAUAUUUAGUGUAUACCCGUAUGAUAUUGAAAUUUAACUUAUGUGUGUUCAGUCUGUGGAAUUCGUUUGCUAAAUGGGUUUAGUCUUAGUUUGUAAUAAGUCGUUAUUUAAUAGUUGUUAUAUUAGUUAAUAAAUUUGUCCUUGUAAAUUUAUAAUAAUGGGCACUUAUUAUUUGAUAACUAUUAGACUAUAAGUAGGUUUUUUCAGUUACACGUUCGAUUUCCUACUUAGCUUUUGCUUUUGUAAAAUAUGCAAUAAAUUUUGUUUAACUUUGUAAAAUGCUAAUAUUUUAAUUCAUCCCGAAUUCAUAAGUAACGUACCGUGUACUUGUAACGACAUCGAGUGGCAAACGUGUGCAUAAUGUUUGUGACGUCAUGUAGCUACGACACUGGCACAGGUAACUUAAUACACGUAUUAGUUGCA